GCUGUGUUUACCGAGGUGCAUGCUGGGACAGUGUCCGUGGCAACCCGGGCCCACGGCCGGCUCUGAGGCCAGGCGGGAGGGCGCAACCUCGGGCGGCAGUAUGUGCCAGCCUACUGCUGCGUCCCUGUCCCUGCCGAGCUCCGAGUACUACGAGAGGUUGGGCCGCCUCCAGCAAGAGCUGCGGGACAGUGAGAAGAAGAGACUAGAACUGGAAAAGGAACUUUAUGAGUAUAAUCAGUCUGACAUAUACAGAGUUAAGCUGAAAUAUGUAAAACUAAAGAAAUACCUGAAGGAAAUAAAUGAAUCUGAAAAGAAGGCUCGUACUCGAAACCAAGAAUAUGUAAAACAAUUCGAGCGUGUUCAAGCUCACGUUGGGCACUUUACCACAAGUACAAAGCUUCAGGAACUGAAGGUUGAAUAUGAGACUCAAAUUAAGAAGAUGCAGCUACUUUCAAGAGAGAGCCUGAGAAUUAAAGGUGAACUGAAAGAUGAAGGCAGAGAAAAGGUUGCAGUGCCAGCUGGAAUUAACUCUGGGAUGUCCAUGUCAAGAGGGUUAUAUCAACCAGCAACAAUCUUUAUGGGUUGCCAAAUGUCAGCCCUCUCAAGCACUGGAGAUUCUAGUACAGAGCAGGAAUCUUCCCAGCCCACAAAGAACUUCACAAUUCCUGACCCACAUUCACACCGACAGACAGCCCCAAGCAGCACAGUGACAGACAGCUGUGUAGUACAAACUCCUAGUGACAUGCAGUUCUUAAAUAAGUCUGACAAAGUAGAUGGCAAGACAUCUCUUCAGAUUGGCAAGGAAAUGCCAGUCACAGCCCAGGCACUGUCUGAAGAGGAGCAAAUUCUUGGCUUGGAGACGGGAAGCAGCCCUCAGAACAGUGAGAGUAAUUUAUCUGACGUCAGAAAGCCUGCGGAACUCCAUUCCUUGCCACAGCAAAGAUUAAGUCCCAAGAACAGAACCACUGAUUUAAAGUGUGACAGUUGCAGCAGAUCAGAGGGAUCAGAGGGAGAAAUACUGACACAAGAACAUAUUGAAGUUGAGAAAGAAAGUGCCAGCCUGCCUGUCUCUGCCAUAUCAGUUUCUGAACACUAUACAUCUGAAAAUAAGUGGUCUCCAGAGAAGCAAUCUGCCAGGGCCACUUUCCCAGGUCACCUAGCCCCUGAGGUCCCAGAGUCACACAGGCCCUUGGAGCGUAUGCAGGAAGAGCAGGAUGAGGGAAGUGUGUGCAGCAGCAGUGACCUCACGGUCUCUGUCAGCGAAGAUGACCUGAUUUUAUACAGCCCAGAACCACAGCCAAAUCCAGGCGCCCAGACAGAGGAAGAAGGUGGGAUACAAGCCUUAACACUAAUCCACGGUGAACGGGAAAGAGAUGUCCUCGCUACUGGAGAGAAUGAUUGUGCUUUGCAAACCCUGAGCUCUCCUGAUUCAAAAAAGACAUCCUCCACUAACUCCCCGAAACAAUCUGAACAGGCAGCAGACCCGGGCUUUUUAAGCACAUCAUCUGGUCAUCCUGUUGCCAGCCCGAAAGAACUCAGCCAGUCUUUCCACCAAGAGGCAGCAGCAGCACUGAAAAAAGCUCUUACGGAAGAGUGUAAGGCCAGCUUGGCCAUUCACAGUGAUGAAUCAUGCAGCUCGCUAUCUCUUCUGUAUGAUGAUGCUGGGAAAAAGAGAGCAAAACCCGCAUUCCAGCAUUGCAGCCUUCCCACAAGGGACCAAGAAGUUUCAAGUGGCUGUGAAGAUGAGAGCAAACAAGAAAGCAUGAGUGUAAAGGUGCCAAUCACAGAAACAAAAGCAUACCAGUUGCUGAAGAAGUCCACCCUUCAGGAACAAACAAUACAGAUAGAAGACAGACUCCAAGGGGCGCAUGCCUCUGCAGCACAGUUUGCAUGUCUGAAUAUAGGCAGCAGUGUGCUCCAGACAAAGGCAACUCACAAAGUCGCUUCAGAAGCUAGUUUCUCAUCCUGCAAAGGAAGUCCUUUGUCAAGGCAUGAAGACAAAAAGAAAUUAAUGACCCAUUUAAAGUUGAAUGCCUUCUGGGGAGAGUCUGACGACAGUAACUCAGAAAUUGAAGCUGCCUUACGUCCUAGAAACCAUGACACAUCCUGUGAUGAUUUUGAUGAUUUUUAUAACUAACAAGCUGUAAUAUCUGCUGGAAUUAAAGCCUUUAAACAAACCAAAGCCCUAUGUUUGCAUAUGAAAUAGUGCAGAAACUUUGAGAAACAGUCCUCAAAAGGUUAAACAUAGAAUUACCCCCAACCUAGAAACUCCAAAAAAUAUUAUUUGCUAACUAAAAAGUGGAAAUAAAUAUCUAUCACAUGGUAAAUGGAUAAGCAAAAUGUAGUAUAGCCAUACAAAAUAAUAUCAUUCUCAAUAAAAAAGAAUGGGAUAUCGAUCAGUAUGUGCUACAAUAUGGAUAAACCUGGAAACCAUUAAGCGAAAGAAUUCAGUCAUGAAAGACUAUAUAACUUAUUCAUUUGCAUGACAAGGCCAGGAUAGAGAAAACCAUGGAGACAGAAAAUGGAUCAGUGGCUGUCUAGGCCUGGGAUUAGAAGGAGAGAGGACUGACUACUGAUGGAUAUGGCAGGUUUUGUUCUAUAAUUGAUAGUGGUGGCAACUGUAUAACUCCGUAAAUAUACCAAAAACAAUGAUUGUGUGCUUUAAAGAGAUGAGUUGUAUGUUACCAUAUGAAUUAUAUAUCAGUACUUUUUAAUAAAAGGAAAUUGGUGAAUAUAUUUUGGGGUCUAGUGACUUAACACCUGUGGACAACUCUUGGUCUUUUGUUUUGCAUUGUUUAUGUUGUUCUGGCUUACUUGUUUGCUAUAAUAAGAAAAUGUUUUAUUCUUUGGUUUUUUAAACUCUUAACUUUGUAUUCCAGCAUUGUUUUUUCAAUUAGUUCUUACUUAUCCACCAUAUUUUUAAAAACCAGGACUUAACUGUAAUAGUCAUUGCCAUUAUUUGAAUGUAUCUUAUACACAUUGUGCCAGGCCAGUGGGUGAUCCAUAUAAAUAAAUACUAAAUUUCUAUCUCAACUUGAGAAAUCUUAGCGAGGGCCGGGGAUUUAGUUCAGUGGCACCAUGCCUGCCUUAAAAGUGCAAGGUCCUGAGUUUGAUCCUGGGUACCAAAGGUGGAGGUGGGCCGGGGAGAGAGAUAUCCUAGCUAGAGUAAAGAAUUGAAUAUGAAAAGAAAAACUUUAAAACUUUUUUAAAAAAGAUAAUUAUUUGUCUGACUCUGGAGCAAGGAAUAAUUUUGUAACCAAGACAGAAAGACAGUCAUAAAGGAAAAAUGUCAAUAAAUGUAACUGCAUGAGCAUUUAAAACUCUUGUGUGAUAAAAUUACAAUGUGAAAAGAUAAGUCAUCAGCUAAAAGGUGACAUACUGUAUAUUAUCCCAUAUCUGCAUCUAAGCCAAAGAACCACAUAUCAAUAAGAAAUAUAAACACAGUGGAAAAACAAAGGAGAGGAAUGAGCAAUUCAUAGAAAAAGAAACCCAGAUAGUUGUAGACAUAAAGAGAUACAGAAGCAAACUCUAAAAGAAAUACACAAUAAAGUACCAUUUCAUACCCAAUGGACUAGCACUAAUCAGGAGACGGAUCACUUAAUGAUGGGAAGGACUUCAGGAAGUCUGGGACUUUCAUACACUGUGAGGUGCACCUUUAUAACAUCAAGUUACAAGUGGGUACACCCAUGAUUCCAUGAUUCCACCUAAAAAUGAACUCUAGAGCCAUACUGUCUCAUGCAGCUGUCAUCAGCCUAUCAUCUCUGAAAUGUGGCUAGUGCAAAUUGAGAAAUACACAAUAGAUUUGAAGACUUGUAUGAAAGAAAUAACCAAAGUAUUUCACUACUAAACAUACAUUGAAAUGGAUAUAUUGGAUAUGUUGCAUUAAAAUAUAUUAAUAAAGAAGAUGUGGUUUUUCUAU